AUGACCUCGCCGGCCAAACUCAUAAUUAUUUCCGUGCUGCUGCUAAUAGAAUUCACAUCACACACUGUGGGUAUUUCUGAGGUUCUCUUCAAAUCGGUGCAAUCACGUAGCACUCAUCGUUAUAUAUCCAAUCAUAGCGUUGAAAUCGUCAAUGGUACCCUGUACACCGAGUUCCAACUCAUUCGUCGUCUGGAUCCCGGCGUUCGUUGUCAUUUGGAGUUUCAGCUGCGCAUCGCGAAUUCUAAGCGUUAUCAAUCUUUAUUCUUCUUCGACAUCGAUAUUUGUGGUACUAUUAUAGCGCUGAAAGAUCAUUUUCUGAAGAGUUGGUAUCGAAGUUUGAUGAAGUAUAGCAACUUUAUGGAGAAUUGUCCUUUCAAUCCGGAUCGUUAUUAUUUGAAAGGUUGGAAAUUAGAUGCUUCGCUUUUUCCAAAAUACCUCUACCCUGGAGAUUAUAACAUUAUUGUCAUUAUCUAUAAUGGACCUUAUAGGAAGAGAGGCAUGGAUUUGGUAACGGAAGUUCAGUUGGAAACAAAUGUGAUUUGA